AUGUCUCACGAGGAGGAUCUCAUCGACUACUCCGACGAGGAGAUCGCGCCCACUGAAGCACCCGCCAACGGAAGCGCUGCCGCAGCCAAGAGUGGCCUCACCGCCGGUGACACUGCUGGCGACAAGAAGGGCAGCUACGUCGGCAUCCACUCGACCGGUUUCCGCGACUUUCUUCUCAAGGACGAGCUCGUACGAGCGAUCACGGACUGUGGCUUCGAACAUCCGUCCGAGGCCCCUGUCGCCAUCUAUGGGCUUGCGUCCAAACUGUACAUGAACCCGAUUGUGGCGGCCCAACCUAUCAAGAAGCCUUUCCCUCUCGAUAAGUUCACUCCAGCGGUCCCCCAAGACUGCGAUUGGCGUACAAGUGCCCUCGGGGUCCAGCAGGUUACCAUUCCACAGGCCAUUCUUGGAAAUGACGUUCUGUGUCAAGCCAAGUCUGGUCUGGGUAAGACCGCCGUCUUCGUCCUCGCAACUCUGCAGCAGAUGGAUGAGAAGCCAGAACCCGGGAUCGCUACCAUCCUAGUCAUGUGCCACACCCGCGAGUUGGCGUACCAGAUCAGGAACGAGUACAACCGCUUCGCCAAGUUCUUGCCUGAAGUCAAGGUCGGUGUCUUCUAUGGAGGUACGCCUGUCCUGAAGGACAUCGAGCUUCUCGGCAACAAAGAAUUCCAUCCACACAUCAUUGUCGGCACACCCGGUCGCAUCAACGCAUUGGUUCGCGACAAGCAUCUGCGCCUUGCCAACCUCAAGCACUUCGUUCUCGAUGAAUGUGACAAGAUGUUGGAUCAGCCCGAUAUGCGCAACGAUGUGCAGGCCAUCUUCCGAGCUACACCCGCCCACAAGCAGGUCAUGAUGUUCUCAGCCACUCUCAACAAGGACGUUCGUGUGAUUUGCAAGAAGUUCAUGCAGAACCCUCUGGAGAUCUACGUCGACGACGAGAAGAAGUUGACGCUACACGGUCUCCAACAGUACUACAUGAAGCUCGACGAGCGUGAGAAGAAUCGCAAGCUGAAUGAUCUUCUUGAUAGCUUGGAAUUCAACCAGGUCAUCAUCUUUGUCCGAUCGACUCUGCGCUGCACGGAACUCGACAAGCUUCUUCGCGAGUGCAACUUCCCGAGCACGGCAGUGCACUCUGGUAUCGGUCAAGAAGAGCGUAUUAAGCGUUACAAGGAGUUCAAGGAGUUCCAGACUCGUAUCUGUGUCUCUACCGACAUCUUUGGUCGCGGUAUUGACGUGGAGCGCAUCAACGUGGCCAUCAACUACGACAUGCCCGACAAGGCGGACUCGUAUCUGCACCGCGUCGGUCGUGCCGGUCGUUUCGGAACCAAGGGUCUCAGCAUCUCGUUCGUCUCCAGCCCCGAAGAUGAGGCGGUUCUCAAGUCCAUCGAAGAGCGCUUCCAGGUCUCACUUCCCGAGUUCCCAGAAGACGGCAUCAACUCUUCCACCUACAUGGACAACUAG